GAAUUUUUGUUCGUCAUAAAGUAAGUUGCGUUGCUUGCGUGUAUCGUACGGUGUUUGCUCCUUGUUAACAGUAAUUAAUUUUGAGCCAGCUCGCAAUCCAAUAUCAAUCAUGGAAGUAGAAAUUUUGGAUGCUAAAAGCUCAAAACUUCUAGGAAAGUGUCAAGUUAAAGGUGACACGACAAUAAAAGCAUUGAAAAAUGAAGUAUAUAAACUGAAGAAAUCGCUCUCGAUUCAUCGCCAAUCGCUUCGCUUGGAACCCCGCGGUAAAACAUUGAAUGAUUCCGAUACACUACAGGCCCUAAACAUUUCCUCCGGUGGAAAAUUAUACGUCAGGGACCUCGGACCACAAAUCAGUUGGAAAGGAGUAUUCCUGGCGGAAUAUGCGGGACCGAUAUUUGUAUACCUCAUUUUCUAUCAGCGACCGUCUUUAAUCUAUGGAACAGCAGCUUCAAAUGCGAUGAGUUUGACGGCAAACAUUGCCGCAGCUUGCUGGACUGCUCACUAUGGAAAACGUUUGCUGGAAACUCUAUUCGUGCAUCGUUUUUCGCAUGCCACCAUGCCGCUGCGCAAUCUGUUCAAGAAUUGCUCUUAUUAUUGGGCGUUCGCCGGAUACGUUGCCUACCACGUGAACCACCCACUUUUUACCGAGCCCAGUAAAGCUGUCCUCUAUGCCGGCUUAGCUGGCUUUAUAGUAAGUGAAUUGGGUAACUUCUCCAUACACAUGCUGUUGAGAAACCUCCGACCGGCUGGCUCGACAGUUCGCAAGAUACCUGUUCCGGAUGGCAACCCGCUUAGUCAGCUGUUCAACUUUGUUUCCUGUCCCAACUAUACGUAUGAAUUUUUCUCUUGGCUGUCCUUUUCAUUGAUGACUACUUGCGUUCCGGCGUUGAUUUUUGCUGCAGCCGGUAUGUACCAGAUGACACUGUGGGCUAUUGGCAAGCACAAGAAUUACAAGAAAGAGUUUAAAGACUAUCCCAAGGGUAGGAAGGCCAUACUUCCGUUUGUUAUUUAAGUGUGUUUGUUCGACAUUUCCGAUUACUCUGGUAGUAUCUAGUGCUCAAAAGACGUCGUUUAGAAAUGAUGGAAAUUGAUUUAUAUUUGUUUAGUUAAGAGUGAACAGGAAGGUAGUUAUGUAGUUCACGGAUAAGGUUAUUUUCCCAGUAUACAUAUUUAACAGUCGACGGAAGCAGGAUAUGGUGAAGUAGCUUUGUAUGUGGGAUAAAAUAGGAUAAGUCUAAUCUUUGAAAAAUCAUUCCCUUACUGGUUUUUGUGAAACCUUGAAAAAUAAAUUUAAAA